ACUAUAGUAGUCUAGUAGGUGUAACUGUUGUAGGCAUAGAGAAGGACAACAGCAACACUGCUUUGAGUUGAGUGAGUAAUUGCUUAUUGUCUGUACAUCAUAACAGUAUAUUGAUACUAAUGGCUGCUACUGGUAUCUACUGGUGUCUAGUACUGACUGAAUGUUUGUGUCUCAUUUCUGUAUUUACUUCAGCAGCUUAUAUAUCUUCAUUCACUUAUACUCCUUAUCCUGUUGUGUGUCCUGGAGAUGAACUAGUGUUCACUUGUAUAGUGGAUGAUAUACCUGAACCAACAAUAGCAUGGAGGAGAAAUGGGAUGACAGUGAUUUACGAACAGAAUAAACAAUCUCUUCCAUUUCCUGAUUUCAUGAUAAAUAUUACUUAUUACAAUGCUACAGAAAGAAAACUGAUUAGUACUGCUACAAGUCAGUCAGUGCCAGUGGAAUUGAAUGGGAGUACAAUUGGUUGCACAAUUGAUUUGAAUAAUUUCAAUACAUCAAAUAUAAACAUAGAAGGUCCACCAGAAGGAGUUCAUAACAUAACAAUUAAUCUGAUAGCUGACAAUAAUUUAGUCAUUAACUGGACUGCUUCAGGAUCAUACAUAAGCAACUAUAACAUUACUAUAUUUAGAAAUGACACCCCUAGUCAAUCCAGCACUACUGACAUCCCUUAUAUAGCAGUUAAUACUCUUAUUAUUGGUACUAAUUAUUCACUGAUUUAUUAUUAUUCCUAUUGACACUAUUG